AUGAUAUUCAAAAUCUUGUUUACUAGCUACCAAGCCAUAGUUAUGCGCUUGGCUAUUGACCUCAAUCUUUUCGAUGUAGUAUUACAGCGGACGGAUGCGGAUGCAACCAACGCCACAGACCGAGUCACUGUGAAUCAGGUAGCCUGCGAUACAAAGGCAGAAAAUGCCUUUGUUGCCCGAAUCAUGCGUUUCCUAUCUUCCAUGGGAAUGCUCAAGCAGCUCAGCAGAGAUACCUUUACGAGAACUUCCUUGACAGAAUCCUUCUGUUCCAACACAUUUCUAUCCCAAGCCAUUAUCCACUACACCCACCUCCAAACCUUCAUAACCGCCCUUCCAGAAUACUUCAAGGCGACCGACUACAAAAACCCAAGUUACGAAAGCAGCGCGCCUUUCCAAUUUGUCCUCAACCCCACGUUCAGCCACUACUCUCUAUACCUCGCCAACAAUCCCUACUACCAAAACGCUACCUCCACGGCCUUGACUCCAUUCUGGAGCCUCUUCAACACCCCAUGGUUUGAGAUCUACCCUAUUGACCGAAUCCGCAAUUCCCCCCCCUCCCCAUUCAACAGAACCCUCUGGCCGGCCCUCAUCUCCCACCCCAGCAAAAAACCCAUGCCUCCUCCCCUUCCUCGCUCGAAAAUCCUCCUCGUCGAUAUCGGCGGCGAUGGCCAAACCCUUCAAGCACUACACGCCCGAUACCCGCACCUCCCGGGCCCUCUCGUUCUUCAACACCCGCCGAACACCCUCGUUCCAUCGCUCCAAGGCAUCAGAACAUAUACAUAUAAUUACUUCGCCCCGCAGCCCAUCAAAGGGGCGAGGGUGUACGUGUUAAACAACAUAUUGCACGAAUGGGCCGAUGAUCGGAUAUUCGGGAUCUUAGAACAGGUGAAGAACGCCAUGCGGAAUGAGUCUGUGUUGUUGGUCGUGGAGAAGGUGAUCCCGGACAAGGACGUGGGAUUGAUGGAUCUGGUACAGGAUUGGAGUGAGAUGGUCUGUUAUGCGAGACGGGAGAGAACGGAGGGGGAGUUUCGGGAGAUUUUACGACGGGUGGGCUUUCGGGUGGGGGUUGCUUGGAAGGGGGAUGCGGGGGUGGAUGCGCGGUUGGGGAUUUCGACUGGGAUGAGGAUGAUGGUUUUGGAGGCGAAGUUGGCGGGGGCAGGGAAGUUUCGCUGGGAAUUAGACUCUGUCGCGUUUGUGGGUGAUCUCAUCUAUAGUAUCCCCUGA